AUGGCAACGAAGCCUUCGAAUAUCACUGAACAUUCCAACACCACUGAACAUUCCAACACCACUGAACAUUCCAACACCACUGAACAUUCCAACACCACUGAACAUUCCAACACCACUGAACAUUCCAACAACAUUGAGAGUACCAACAUCAACAUCACUGAGAGUUCCAACACAACCGAAGGGAAUCACAAUAAUAGCGCAGUCAGUCCCGGAAGCCGUGUUGUCAGAAGAGGGUAUACUGAAGUCAUGAAGACUCGAAACGCUCGACACGGUCACACCUCUGAAGCCAGAUUGUUCAUGUACCGCCAGUUCAUAUUCAAUUCAUACCCGAGACUCUGGAUUAACUCAGAGAUGUUCAAUGCAGAAAGGGACACAACGAUUUCAACUCCCGGCUCCUCGGGGACUACUGUCCAUGGUUUUCAUUCCAAGGAUGGCGAUUACUUUGCACUGAUCAUUUAUCAGGGCUUCUCUCUCUAG